UAAAAUCGCUGUUUUGUCGUGAAAUUGCGUGAAAAUUGGGCCGAAAGUGCCAUCAAAAUGUGCAACGGGUGCCGCCGAUCGUGAACGCGUUGAAAAUUGCGAAAAACUUCGGUGAUUGUGCGAUUUCCGGACGAUUUUCCGUUUCUUAUCACCCGUGAUAGACUCCGCAGAGGCAGGAAAAGAAAAAAAUCCUCCGUUUGACGUUUCUUGUGCGUAGUCCCUCUCCUCCCCGUGGUCGCGGCCUUCGUCUCCGUCGUCGUCGUGUGUCUAAUCGAAAUCGGAGGCGCCCGUGGAUUUUUUACGAUAAAUUCUUUCGACUUUUUCUCGCUUCACCGUUCUUUGGAGUGGAGCAGGAGGAGGAGGUUUUUGUGCUGUUGCGUGUGAAUUGUCUGUGUUUUGGCGAAAGAAAAACAGUUCUGUGUUCUCCAUUUUCAGUUUCUGUGAUCGUGUUUCUGUGCGCUUUUGUAUCAACUUGUUUUUAACAAAAUCUGUGCUGACAUACAUUUGUACCAUCAUCGUCACCCCCCUAAAGAAGGCUCUAAACGAGUAGUGUGAAAAACAUGACAGAUUGUUUUGAUCGGGCCAAUUCUUUACAGAUCGCUGGUGAUCACAUCCUGAUAUACGAAGCGUAUUACAAACAGCUCGAUCCAAAGGCAACCAAUGAGAUCGGAGCACUCGAUGCGGCCAAAUUUCUCAAGAAAUCCGGACUAAGCGAUGUGGUCCUCAGCCGCGUGUGGGACCUAUCGGAUCCCAGCGGUCGCGGCUUUCUUACCAAAGAGGGCUUCUUCGUGGCACUGAAGCUGAUCGGACUCGCACAGGAAGGCUCGGAAAUCAACAUCAAGAACAUCUACAAUGUGCUCUCAAAACCGCCCAAAGUGGGUGAUCUUCCGAAGGUGCCAGCUCAGGUCAGACUAGUGCCCUCGGAGAAUACCGACUGGUCGAUGAAGCCGGAGAAAAAGCAACAGUACGAGCAGUUGUUCGAAUCGCUCGGUCCGAUGAAUGGGCUGCUGCCGGGAGCUAAGGUGCGUAGCACUCUGAUGAAUUCGAAGCUUCCGGUUGACACGCUAGGCCGAAUCUGGGACCUAGCCGAUCAGGAUCGCGAUGGAAGCCUUGAUAAGCACGAAUUCUGCGUUGCCAUGCAUUUGGUCUAUGAAGCACUAGAUAAACGAGCCAUUCCAGCUACCCUACCACCACAGCUUCAGCGUAACGCACAGAACACCGGCAGCAGCUUCACAUCGGCGACCAAUGGCAGUUUCGAUGCAUUCGGUAGUGGUGGCGAUGGGGGUUUCGUAGCAAACUUCCCAACAGACAUUGCACCACCACCAGCAGUUCCCCCUCUUCCAGCGAUAAACAGAGCCAUUCCGCCUCCGAUCGUUCCACCGGCACCACUCGUUCCACUCAUUCCAACCGGUGCAACCGAUCCGAUUGCUACCGGAAACGCCUGGGUCGUCACCACACUGGAACGUUGCCGCUACGAGGAAACUUUCAACAAAAGCGACAUGGACCGAGACGGGCUUGUGUCUGGGCACGAAAUCAAAGAGGUGUUCAUCCAGUCCGGUCUAGCUCAGAACGUGCUCGCCCACAUCUGGGCCCUGUGCGACACCAAUCAAAUCGGCAAACUGCGGCUCGAGGAGUUCUGCCUCGCGAUGUGGCUCGUUGAACGAGCCAAAAAGGGAAUUGAUCCACCGCAGGCACUAGCUCCGAACAUGGUUCCCCCCAGCUUGAGAAAGAAUUCGCUCAUUGCAGCACCGGAACCGAAACCGACGUACAACAAUCCGGAGCUGGAGAUGAUUUCCAAGGAGAUUGAAGAGCUGGCCAAGGAACGACGCUUGUUGGAGCAGGAAGUUGCCCAGAAGGAAGCGGACGUUCGAAUAAAGAAUGGCGAAAUGAGAAGCUUACAGAGUGAACUGGACACCCUGACUGCCACAUUGAAGCAAUUGGAAAACCAAAAGGGAGAGGCCCAGAAACGACUCGACGAUCUCAAAAACCAGAAAGUUGAGGUAGAUACUGCCAUUGCUAGUGCCAGAGUGCAGGUAAACAAAAUUCGCGAACAGUGUCAGAAGCAGGAGGACACCCUCAAAGAGCAGGAAGGUGAAUUGGAUUCUCGCCGUUCCGAGCUGCAAAAGCUGAAAGACGAAGAGCACGCGCUUGAAAAGGAAUACCACUCCAGUACCAAAGACGUCGAUCGGCUAACGUCCCAACUGCAGGACACGCAACUCGAGAUUAGCCAAGUCAAAGCGAUGGUUACUCAGAUCCAAGAGUACCAGCGGCAGAUGACCGACGCGUUGGCCAUGUUCCGAAACGCCAUCGAGAUCAACGAUCCGGUAUUGGUGUCCGAUUAUUCGUUGAAGAUUGAACCCGAAUUUAGGGAGGCCAUGCAGGCUCUCGAGGAUAAGGAAGCCGAGAAUGCCAGCAAGCGUGAUCCAUUUGGAGAUAAUAAAGCGAACGGUUUCGGUGCUAAUGCCGACGGGGAAACAGGGUUUGGCGAUGAUUUCAAAACUAACGGAUUCGCCACGCAGUUCGACACGAGCAACGGAUUCCAAAGUGGCGGAUUCGAGGACGGAUUUGCCAAUGCAUUCGAUAACAAACCAAGUGAUCCGUUUGCUUCGUCGAUCGGUGUGGCACCGGAUCCGUUCGCCGAACAACAGGGAACCGUGCAAGAUACUUCCAAGGACGAGUUCGGGUGUGAUCCGUUCGCCGUAUUGCACGCCCCUACCACCGCUAGUCAGAUACUCACUCCUAGCCCUAGCAAGUCGGUAGCACCUCCUCGGCCGGAAUCACCUAGUCCUGCGUUGCCUCCGAAGAAGGCGAAACAGCCUCCACCGAGGCCGGCCCCGCCAAGACCAUUGCAGGGUCCCACACCGACGAAGCCUGCACCACCAGCGUCGAUGUCGUCGGAUGCAUUUGGCGACAGCAGCGGCGGCGGCAGUUUCGCCAACUUCGCCGACUUCGACAAUAAGAACCUAAAACCUGCCGCUCCGUCACCUUCGGUACUGCAAUCCUUUUCCUCCUCCACUUCCGUGUUCGGGUCAUCGUCAGUCCCUUCGCCAUCGCCGGUUGGUGGCCAUGGAACUACAGCUUCACCUCUACCGGUACUGCUGGGUGCUCCUCCCAGUACCAGAGUAUUGCCGUCCUCGCCAGCACCGCCAAUACCAACCUCAUCAGUAGUAGCGCCUAGCCCGAUAAACGCCCCUUCGUCGAAGACUCCCGUUCCAACGGCGGUCGAUUUUACCGAUGAUCCUUUCAAAGACUACCGCUACGAGGAUCCCUUCAACAUCGUCGAUCCGUUUGGCGACGAUGACGGUGCCAGUUCCGAAGACCCAUUCUCCUCUGAUUCAAAUACACUGAACAACAACAGCAGCGGCGGCGGCGGGAAACAAGCCCCGACUAGUCCCAAGAAGUCCAGCACUGACCAGCUGGACGAUCUCUUUGGGGACGCACAGAAUAACAACUUUGCUUUUGGCACACUCACCAGCACCACCGGCAGUAGUUUUGGAAGCGGCAACACCACCAAGAAACCAUCGACCGCCGAUCCGUUUGAUGCUUUCAACGAUAAUUUUAGCAAAAAUACCAACGCGGACAAAUUUGCCAGUACCAAUCAGCAGGAACUUUUGUUCCGGGCGUUCGGCGCUACCACCGAAGACAGCAGUGCCGCGGAUGAUGCGAUUUUCGGAGCAACGGCGAAGGGUAGCCCGUUUGAAGAUGAGUUCUCCCGUAUGGACGAAGGAUUUGCGAAGCUGGACAUUUCGAACAACAACAUCAAGCCCGGUGCUGCACCAGCAUCCAAUGAUUUUGCUAAUUUCGACGUGUUUAGCAAUAUUAGCAAUAAUUUCAAGAGCAGUGCGGAAAGUUUGAAGCGAGGUACGAAGGGGGGGUUCGAAGAUGACUUCCCGUCGAAGGGCAACACGCUUUCCAAGUUCGGCGAGGACUACUCGCGAGACGAUGACUUCGGUGCCGAUUUGGAAGCCGUUUUGGAGAGAUCGAAGCUUGAGAAGUGAAGGGAAGUUUUGUUUUUGUUGAUUUAUGCUUUUUUUUUGUUUAACAUUGUUCUAAUGCUGCAUACAAUCGAAUAUCGCCUAUGCAGAAAAGCGAGAGAGAUAGAAAAAGUUCGGUGUUUCAUAAUUUUAAAAUUUGACUUUUGAUGGAAACAAGUGUCAUUCCUUUUUUUCUGGUAUAGACAGUUCAAGUUCGUCACCAUGUUUUCGUAUAUUGGUUAAUCUCUAAAUCCCUAACGAGAUUUCGCUUUAUGAAUAAAUAUUCGAUUUUGUUUCACUGAAUAAAUCGCCUCCUGUUUGCUCGAAGAAGAACAUUCUACGUUUGACUUAUUCCAUCACCAUAAAAGCUUUAAAAUAUGCAUUAUUUACAUAUCAACACAAAGGGAAUUUAAGUAGGCAUUUCGCCUGAACGCAGGGACCGUUCAAGGGAUUAGUGUAAAUAUUUUCUUUUAAGUUUGUGUACAGUUUUCAUUUGCGAGAGAUUUCAGAGCAGAGUGGAAUAGAAGAAAUUAUUGCCCCACCCCCGCCUUCAUCAUCCGGUUGGUGCUUUGCGCUGAUGUCUACUGGUAGUACUGUUUUAGUGAGAGAUUUACUUCCUUCCCCUAAACUGUUUAUUUUUAAAACUAGCUCAACUUGAUUCCAAAAUUUGCACUUCAACAAAUAAAUUAAAUUUAGAACACAAAUUUCACCUACAUAUCGUUAUUGUUAGCAUCAAUCACGCAGUGUAUGUUGCCGUACGUAGUAGCGAAAGAACUGCAAGUAGAAGGCUUAUAUACCAUAAAAGUAUUCUUAAAUGAAACUAUAUACAUAACUGCUGAAAGAAACUUACCAUUGGAGUACGCUUAGAAAAUUAUUACAAUAACUAAAUUAUUCAGUGAGAGAGAAAAAAAAAGUAUCAAACAAGGAAGAGCGAAAGAUGUAUAUGUUCGUUAAUCCUUAAAAAAUAAACUCUGAUUGUUGAAAUUAAAUUGAAAGAUGAAGCAAAAAAAUAUAUACUACGCAAUGCUACAACACUAAAAUGAAAAAAAGAUAUUGUAUUGAAUCAUCAGCGCAGAAAGUUACGAUGUUAUCGCAUAUUAUAUGAAACAGAGAUAAAUCGAAACAGCAACCCAGAGAAUAUUUAAAGGUCAAUAAACAGAAUUAAAAUUCAAU